AAACGAUUAUCUCCAUCUCUGUGCCCACCUCUUAGCCCCGCUGUGAUCCCUCACAGACCUUCAACCUGCCCCGCGAGUCUCUAUAACAACAUGCCCACCUCGGCCCUCCUUCCCUCCCACCUCGCUACGACAGACACUUCCGCUGGCCUAUCGCACCGUGGCCGACCCCUGUGCCCUGCCCACCCCAGCGGUCCCUCUCCAGCCCCGCCAGAGCCAAUCCGCGACGGGGUGUAAAGUAGGGCAAGCCGCUUCCUGGUUCAAGGAGGAGCUGCCUGGAGUUGGAAUGGGCCAGCGGAGUCAGAGAGGGGGGAGAACAGCCCAGCGAGCCGGCGGUCUGCAAAGAGAGAGCCGAGGCAGGGGGAUAUAAACGCCGGCAGAGACAAGAAGAAGCGGAUAUUACAGAGAACUCCCGGGCAAUACGUGGUUCGUCAGAGGGACUGGUGUGAGAUUUUGGACAGUGCCGAGAGAGCGGUGACCCCCGGGGAGCGACGAGGGGGGGGGGAGAGGCUGGUGGGAGUGAAUCCAGGAAGUACAGAAGCCGGUCAGGUGGGACGCGACGAGAUAACAUAGGUGACACCGGCGCACAGCUUUGUAUCCCUGGAAAUCUUUUGGCUCUGCUGGAGAAGAACAGAAGCAGGAAGAAGUGGAAAAUAGAGAGGGAGGAAGAGAGCAGGGACCCGUCCUCCUCUGAGUUUAUGGACUGGAGGUAAGAGGUGGCAAUGUCUCCAGGAGAGGACGGUCUGAUCGGGAUCCCCUUCCCAGAGCACAGCAGCGAGAUCCUGUUCCGCCUCAACGCCCAGCGCAGGGCGGGGCUACUCUGUGACCUCACCCUGACCUCGCGGGGUGCCCGCUACCCUACCCACCGCUCUGUCAUGGCUGCCGUCAGCCUCUACUUCCGCGGGCUGUUUGGGGCGGAAGAGGGGGCCGAGGCAGGGGGUGAGGCGGGGGGAGGAGGAGGAGGAGGGUUCAGUGUGUGCCAGCUGGACUGUGUCGCGCCCGAUGCCCUGGGUGCCCUGCUGGAGUUUGCCUACACGGCCACCCUGACCAUCCGCAGCUCUGGCAUGAGAGACGUGUUGAGAGGAGCUCAGUUACUGGGGAUCCAGUGUGUGGUUGAUGCCUGUAGAGACAUACUGGGGGAGACGGCGGGGGAGGUAGAGUGGGAGACGGGGGAGGAGAGGGUACAGGCGGAGAGGGAGAGAAGGGUGGAGAGGGGGAUGAAGAAAGGCUCCCGGAGGAAGAUAGACAGACGGAGAGUCACCAAGGUGGAGUCAUCGCACCACCAGCCACUACCUCAUCGCCCCAACAUUAACACACACCAGCACCCCUCCACUCCUCCUACACACCCCUCACCUGUUCAAGACGGGGCCCACUCUCAUCCCUCCACCCGACCCCCCAGCCCUGAGCAGGAUGAACACCCCCCCACCACGGGACAGAACGGGGAGCGGAAGCAGGGCAGGGAUGCAGGGAGAGGGAGUACAGCAGUCAAUGGAGGGGUGCACUGGCCUCAGGAGUGCCUCCUCGCCCCCCACCCCCCUCUUCCCCUCUCAGAUGACAGGCUGUCAGAAGACGAGGAGGAGAUGCAGGGAGUGGGGAACGGUGGGGUGCCCAGCUUUACUUCAGCCCCCCUGGUAGAGCAAGAGGUGGCCACAGGGGCAGGAGGAGGGGGUAGGAAGAGGAAGUCUCAGACCCCCCAGCAGUGUCCUGUCUGUCAGAAGAUCAUCCACGGAGCUGGGAAGCUGCCCAGACACAUGAGAACACACACCGGGGAGAAACCAUUCGAGUGCUCUACCUGCGGGGUCCGCUUUACCAGGAAUGACAAGUUGAAGAUCCACAUGCGUAAACACACAGGGGAGCGUCCGUACCCUUGCCCCCACUGCCCCGCCCGCUUCCUGCAUUCCUACGACCUGAAGAACCACCUGUCUCUCCAUAGUGGGGCACGCCCCUUCGAGUGCCCGCUCUGCCACAAGGCCUUCGCCCGCGAGGACCACCUCCAGCGCCACCGCAAGGGCCUCAGCUGCCUGGAGGUCCGUACCCGGGCACGGCCGAGGCGCGGGCCUGGGGCUGACCACGGGGAAGAGGGCAGAAGGGUUAGAGGAGGAGGAAGAGGGUAUUCUCCAGACCAACUUGAGAAUCUGGCCCUGCAGCCCCACGCCUCAGCAUUCCACCCCCGUGCUGGGAUGGUUGGCCUGGGGGAUGGGGCUGGAGGUCAAAUGUUGUUCCAGAAGGAGGCUGACGGGGAGCAAGCUAUAGCCCUCCUAGGGCCUCACAGGUUACCCUACCCUGGUCUGCUGUGGAGAGGCCUGGAGCUGGGGGUGAGAGGGGUGGAGGGGGAGGAGGCAGGCGGGGGCCACUCUCCUGCACUUCAGCAUGCAAGAUGGGAGGAGGAGGCAGAGGAGGAUGAGGAAGACGAGUGAGAAGCGAGGAAGAGUAGAGCGUGUGUGCAUGUGUUUGUGCGUGUGUGUGUGUGUAUGUGUGUGUGUGUCACCUACAGUAUGGAUGGGGAUCUUACUCAGGUGACUGGACCUGCUCCUUCUUACAAAGCGCUUAGAGAAAGACUAAACGAUAGAGAAAGACUAAACGAUAGAGAAAGACUAAACAAUAGAGAAAGACUAAACGAUACAAAAAGAAUAAUGGAAAACGGGUUUUCUGAUUUGUUAUUGUUGUUUCAUGGCUCUCUGUUUUUAUUUCAGUUGUCUUUUAUUUCUAUUUCCAUUAUUUCUAUUUUAUUUCAUGCUGUGGUUAUUCUUAUUAGCUGUACAUAAAAAGAGGCUUUAUUGAGGGAAUGUUUUGCACAUAGAUGUGCUGAUGGGGAUAUGAGGUUCUUUUCUCUCACUAUGCAAACUGAAGUCAGGAGCUGAGAAAUGAUGAAGAGAAAAGAAAUCAUGUAUUUUUGAGCAGAGUGCUGUUAGAGUAAUAUAACAAUCAAAUGUUAUUGAAGUUCAAACAAUGUAUGUACAACAUCCAUCUGGCACUACUAAACCCUAUCACUCUUCAUGUCACUAUACUAGCACUCUCAGCGGGGUAGUAAGAAACCAGAAUCAUCCGGUUUUCAGUGGAAAAGAAGAGAAGACACAAAGCCUGAAAACCGGUAGCUUCCGGUUCCUUCCGACCUGCUCAGGUGUUUGUUUUACGCCUGCUAAGUUAGGUAAGUAUAGUAGUAGGUGUGGAAUCUGCUGUUUCACUUUGGGUGUACCCUACUACCCUCUAGUGGUUAUUGGUGGAGCUAGUCGCCAAGGGCAACAAGUCACCAGGUUUCCUAUUGAAGAUAGCCAUUAUCUAACAGUAACAGUCAUAUUUUAAGGCUUAUUAUUUUGCUGUCUGUUGUAAGUAGAUUUUCAUGCCCUUUUAUGAGGCACCGAUGAUACCAAAGAUUUCAGUUUAUUUCUUCCUAAUCAAUCAGUUUGAUCAAGCACAGGAGCACCAGAGCUAUAGAUUGAGAUCCCAAUGGGCACGCACUGGUUGAAUCAUUGUUGGUUCCACGUCAUUUCAAUGAAAUGACAUUAAACCAACGUGGAAUAGACAUUGAAUUGAUGUCUGUGCCCAGUGGGAUGGCUCUAAGGGUAUCCUGGGAUUUUAGAGCCAAGGUUUGGUUAAAAGACCUGUCUUCAUUUGCCCGGUUCUCCGCUGCAGACUGCUAGAAGGGUUGGAGACUGCUUCCAUUGGUUAGAUUCUGUGUGGGGCUCUACUGCCCUACCAAGCAAAAUGGCAGUGACUGCUCAUAGAGUGGAACUGAGAAAAAUGUAUUUCAUUUACCUUGGUUUCACAGUAACUUUAUGCAGUUACUGCUAACAUGACUCCCAUUUUGUCCAGAAUAGAAUAGAAAAGAGGCAGGAUACUUGUCCUCAUGAUUAAGCAUGUAUUUAUUUAAUGUAGCAAAAAUUACAUGAACCAAUUUUCGACCAAAUGAGCAGUUACUGCCUUUUUGCUUGGUAGGGCAGUCUAGUGCUCUGUGAAAAAUGCCUGACCAAAACUAGACUACAUCUGCAGGGUCAUUGGUUGACUGUUAAUGAGAGGUGUGUUUGUUGCUUUAGCGUUUACUUUUUGACAUCGACAGGGGACAAUUCCUUUCCAAAGUUUCCUUCUUUAGAAUGUCUUCUGAUCAUGCACUCCUCUUUUUUUUUUAUUGCAAAAAGAGCGAGAGAAAAGGAGAGACCAAGAGGGAAGGAGGGAGAGACCUUGAUCUCUUCAUUGCUCUGUAUUUAUUUAUUUAUUGUUAUUUAUUGUGGCUUUCCAGUUGAAACUGUGUGACCUGACCCAGGGUAUCCACAGUGACCUGACCCAGGGUAUCCACAGUGACCUGACCCACCUGACCCAGGGUAUCCACAGUGACCUGACCCAGGGUAUCCACAGUGAUCUGACCCUGGGUUUGACACAGUGACCUGCAACACCACUAGGCUCGGUCCCCUUCUGGCACAGUUGAAGUGCUCUGUACCUGCUUCCUUUAGAGUCUUAAGAGAAACUGCAUUGUGCUUAACGUGACGGCUAAGAAAGACCCACCCGGUGCCAUGUUGGGUGAAAGGUCCUCUGUUGGCUAUUCUUGCUCCUUUUGCAUUUGUUUUGCACAACACAUCACACCCUGAAAAGGUACUGCAAUAAUACUGGCACAUUCCAUCCUCCGGGGGAGAAGGAAGGGAUCAGAAAAGAGACAGACCGAGCCUUUCUCUCUCUCUUUAGAGCACAAGACAACUGUCGCACCACCCGUAGCCAUUUCACACUUUCAGUUAAAGAGAUAAGCAUCAACUGCACUUAGGGAGAGAACUGUGUUGUUGAUUCAACAUGUACUGUAUGUUAUUGUGUUAUCUGUCAAAGCUGUGUGUAUAAGUCACAGAUAGGCCCUUAGGGGGCCUGACUCUAGGAGACCAGCGACCAUCUUGGGUGGCCCAUUGCAGGUGUAAGGCUACUUUGCUUACAGAUAAUCAACCAUUUCUUCAAAGUCUGUCACUCUUUAGGUGAUAGUGAGUUAUGUUCUUUAUUUACAACUAUUUACGAGGGCUGUAACUCUAGCCUGAAGCUUAUGUAGCUCUAGCAGACUGGACCUGUGUGUGCUAUCCAUUCCACGCUAUGUAGAAGAACUUUCCUUGUUUCUGAUUUAUUUGCACUAAAAUAUUGAGAGCUUUUAAGUUUUUUUUGUUUCACCUCCUUAUCCAUUCCAUGACGUCACUCAGUAUCGUUUAUGAUUGUAAGAGAAGAUAUCUGUAUAUUGUUCCUUCAAUUCUUGAUAAUAACAUUGGUCUAUAUUCUUUCUACUGCGUAGUGUAAUAAUCAUGAUAAGAGAUUGCUAUGUAAAGGGGUGAAGCUGCCUUGGACUUUUGGUUUUGUGCUGCAACUAUUCUCAGGAAAUCUUGAGCAAUGCACUAAGUAAUUAUGCAAAAUUGUGGGGGAGAUAUGCUGUGUAUAUAUGUAGCCUAUGUAUGUUCAUACAUGUGUCUGAAGAGGUACACCUUUCACUCAAUAGUACGGUUCCAAUAUAACACCUUGUACCACAUGACUAUGAGGAAGUCAGAUAAAAGCAAAUUGAGGAAUAGUAGAUAUCCAUUUGUAUGGUACAACAUGUACAAUGUAGUGUACAUCAAUUGAAACCAGCCAGUCACACAUUGUGCUGAAAGUUUUUUUUGUGCUGAGGGGUGUUGCUACCAGCAUUUAGAGAGCUUGGUGAGUGAAUGAGAGGGAAACAUUAUGCCAGCUGUGAAGCGUGGUGUUUCUAUGGAACUUUAUGUAGUUUUAUUUGGCUUUGGUGAAGGGAUCUGGGGUCUGUUUUGAAUAGAGACACCGCUAUCAGGGAUACAUUUUUGUCUUUCCGUUUUUGGUGGACCUUCUGUCAGAGAUAUAAAUUCAUUUUCCCAUCAUUUGUUUCAGAUCAUGUAAAGAAAACAGAUAAAUAAACAAAGAUAUCUA